AUGUCUAAGUCGAACAUUGGCCCUGUAGGACCCGACCCAUUGGUAACUGGAUCUGAAGCUGAACCCUUGAUCAAGCAACAAUCGGUGUACGAUGCAUUGCCAACUAAUGAUGACGAUUCCACUCAUUUGGAUGAAGAAGCUGGUUGGCUUCAAGAGCAGCGUCUUCUGCACAAAGCAAUGCACUGGUUCCUGAGACCCUCUGUGUAUAUGAUCGGUCUAGCGCUUUUCUUCUUUACUUUUGGCUUAUCGUCGGCAGAAGCUUCCAGACAAUUGAUCCAAUAUAAGCUUGCUUGCAACUCGGUCACCAAAAACACGGGAGCCGACGUCUGCGAUCCCGUAGAUGCCCAGGUUUUGUUAUCGACUUUGCAACAAGCUCUCCAGGUAACACAAGGAAUCGCCACAGUGAUCGCACUGGCAAAGGUGCCUUCGCUUUCAGACAAGUAUGGACGCAAAAUCUUCAUCACUUUGUUGGUGGCUUUCAUGUUGAUCGGUAAGAUUUGUAGAUACUUGGUUACCAGCCGUUAUCCAGUGACGAUGUUCGGCCUCAUGAUCGCUUGCGAAAUCAUCUCCAGUGCGUUUGGUGGUCUCGUAACCAUGCUUUCGCUUUGCAAUUGCUAUGCAGCAGACAUUUCAGAGCCCGACCAACGGACUCACUUCCUCGGUAUCAUCUUGACGUUCUUUUUCGUGGGGCUUUCCUUGGGCCCUAUGUGCGGUAACUUUCUUCUCUCCUAUUUCCCAGAGAGCUCUGCGAAUGGUAAGCCAUCAGUGAUGUAUGGUCCCAACCUCACAUCGCACGAGUUCCUUCCCUUGCGUUUUGAAAUUCUCAUGAUCGUUAUUCUCCUUCUCUUUUCCAUCUUUGUUCUCCCAGAGUCGAGGAGCUCAAAGGCUCGUCGUAUGUCAAGAUCUGCGUCCAAGUCACUGACCCUGCGCUCUGACAUCGUUCUUCGCGAGGAGUCAACUCUGAAGAGGUUCUUGAGCAUUUUCAAUAUCUUCCGUCCCUUGAGAAUUAUCUUUUACCCCAAAGAUUAUGUGAACCCUUCGAGAUACGACUCAAUUGUUGCCCACAGAAUUGCUGUGGCUACACUUAUUCUUCUCGACUGUGCUUUUGUGGCCUUCGCUAUGUCCCUAGGCGAAAUAUUUUUGUUGUUCAGUAUUUUCAAGCAUAAAAUGACAGCUCAGGACCUUGGAUAUCUCAUGUUCAUCGGAUGUUCUUGCCGGGCAUUUUAUUUGACUGUUUUAUCACCAAUUCUCAACAAGAAAGUGUUUGUUAAGUUCUUUGGUUUGCAGCCUCAUAAGAGACGGUUCGAUUUGAUUGACUAUGGAAUGGUCUCGAUUGCCUUCUUGGGCGAGCUGCUCGGUGUCAUCUUUUUAGCCAUUUCGCCCAACAAACGCUUCUUCUUAGCAAGUGGUGCUUUUGCAGCCAUUGGUUCUCUCGCAAGUCCAGCAUUGAACUCUGCCACAAUCAAGUUCUUCCCAGAGUCCAAAAUCGGUGAGGUCUUUGGGGCCAUGGCGCUAGCCAAAAAUGUCUUCAACAUCUCGUUUCCUUUAAUAUUCCUUGGAAUCUACAAAUAUAGUUUGAGACAAUGGCACAAACCCGAAAUCGUGUUGUAUCUAGUGGCGGGUAUAUUCUUCGUGAUGUUCCUCGCAGCUUCGAAUGCGAUUUGGGUACUCGAGAAAGAGGAUGCCGCGAAAGAGCGUCGUGAGUCUUCCUCCGAGUAA